AUGACAAAGAAAAGUGAGGAAGACAUGCUUCUGUAUCGGCCUCCGCUCUCUGAAACUUCUCAGGUACUUUCAAGUUGUUCUACAAUAUCGAGACGAAUAUGAAAUUUCAGGCAAGAAUCUUUACACUCAUCGAAAAGUGUAUAAAUACUCAACGUCGCCUCGUGAGUCUAUGCCGGAAACGUUGUAAAUGUCACCAAAUAAUACAGGAAAGCGCAAUGCAGAAUCUGAGUGACGAGUCGUUGAGAGAAGCCACAAUUAUGAUGGGAGACACGAGAAGUUACCGUCGUAUUCUGGUCGAAGAUCUCGUGAAGACCUAUGAAAGUGCUGCUGUCCUGGUUUGUUCAUUUUUACCGUUAAACUGUAAGAACUUAUCGUUUUUGAGGAAAACAUUAGAAUAAUCGAGAAAGCAAUGACACUGAUGGCGCCACGGCUCGAAAAUAUCUGUAGAAUUGCUGGUAACACUGACGAAUAA